AUGAAAGGAAGCAAAUCAAGCAGUGCUACGAGGAAAGCCGAUACCAAGUUGGCUGUAAAGAAGACUACAGCCAAGGGGAAAGCAGCUAAGGAUCCCAAUAAACCCAAGAGACCCGCUAGCGCCUUCUUUGUGUUCAUGGAGGACUUUAGAAAGCAGUUCAAAGAAGAUCACCCUGACAACAAAUCUGUUGCUGCUGUUUGGGUUUUAGAUGCUACACCUGGAAAGGUACGUGCAGGUAGAGACGGAGAUGAUCAUCCUGCUGAAUUGAUCAUUUCUCUAAGAGCAUUGCCUAACCAGGUCACAUCAAAAAUGGAGGUCAUCAGUGGUCUUGUGCGUGAGGGGUUUUUGAAUGAUGUGGCUCAGAGGGACCUGGGCUCACAGUUGGUGGCCAGUAUAUUUGAACUCGUUUGCAAUCCUUUUCUGCUUUCCGCCAGUGGGGUGAUUCUGAACAGAACUGAUAAACUAAGACGUGUCUAUGAUGAAUCACUUGAGAAUGCUCAAGAUCUUCAAAGAAGCGAUGUUCCUUUGUAUCGAUUAGAAGCUAUUGAUUUUGGGAGAAGAAUGGCAGUUGAAAGAGAAAUUGAAAAAACAGAAAAUGUCCCACAGCCAAAUGCACUAUUUGAUGAAAGCUCUAAUUUCAUUAUUUAUCCAACUCUCCUUGGUAUUAAAAUUGUAAAUCUGCACACAAACAAAGUUUCCAGAAUAUUAGGGAAGGUGGAAAAUAAUGACAGGUUUUUAAGAAUUGCUUUGUAUCAAGGUGAUCAAAGCAGUAAAAAAGUGCGAAAAAUUCCUGCUGCUGCUGCUGUAAAUGUGAAUGAAAGCAAAGAUCCCAUGACAGAUCCUACUUUGUUAUGCGGUGCUUUUAAGAAACACAGAAUCUAUUUGUUCAGCCGAAGAGAACCAGAGGAACCUGAUGAUGCAACCAAGGGUAGGGAUGUCUUUAAGGAAAAGCCUCCUCCUGAUGAACUUAUGGCUGCAUCAGAUAUUGGAAAGUCUGUUACAACAUCUCUUCCAGAAAAUGUGGUAUGGGCAAUUGCAGAUUCUAGACGACAAGGCUUUCUUGGCUUCAAAGAGUUUAUUACUACAAUGCAGUUGAUUUCUAUGGCACAAGUAGGACACACAUUAAGUAGCGACCUCUUAAAUUCUGAUGUUGAUUAUGAAAAUUUGAAACCACCUGUUAUGGAUAGUCUGGAUGUCUUACUAGCUAAGAAAAAGCAUCCAAAAAGUGAUCCUUAA